UCAAUUACACAAUUCCAGUUGUUGAUUUCCGAUGUCGACUUGAAGGUGCUUCACUUCGCCACACAUUACUUACAUAAUCACCUCCACUUGCUUUCUCCCAAUUAGCGAAAUUAGAAAGUUUUCUACAGUUUUCUGUAAUAAUUCGAUAAGCAUCAAGGAUCAAGGUUAUGUUAGCGUGUUUUGUAAAAAAAAACUAUUAAAACCUGCAAGUGUAAAGUCCGCUACUUGUCCUCAAGUCAGUGAACUAAUAGACUACAUGACAGUACAAAAUUUUUAAUGUUAUCGCAACUGCGAGAUAUAUAAAUUCGGUAUAAAUAUUUGUGUUUAUCUCAAACAGUGCGCCAUACCAUCGCUGUGAAAAUGUCACAUCUAUUGAAAAAUUUUCCUCCAGGUCCGUUGGACCUGUAUAGGAGAAGGGCCUCGUUUGAUUGGAAAAAAUUGAAAGUGUUUCUGGAAACUGAGGAUAUUGUCAAGUACCAAAAUGAGCUGUUCGAGGUGCUGCGAACCCACCCAGAGUACCAACACGACCUACUCUCCCAUUCGUUCGAGGAACAGAGGCGUAUUGCAGUGCGUCGGGCCCUUGCCUACGCCGACAUUGACCUCCUAUCAGUCCCCAAAAUCGUGGAAAAUGUUAAAACUGGGGCCGUCAUGACCCGGACAAUGAUGCAGUUAAGCCCAUCCUCCACCGUUAAAUACUCCGUGGGCAACGGGUUGUUCACCAACGUUAUCAGGAGCCAAGGGACGGAGCGCCACUACGAUAUCUUAGACCUCGCAGACCGGGGCGAGAUCCAUGGGUGUUUCUGCCUGACCGAGAUCGGCCAUGGUACCAACACCAAGGGCAUGCGGACGAGCGCCACUUACGACAAAAACACCCAACAAUUCGUCCUCCACACCCCUGACUUCGAAGCGGCCAAGUGCUGGGCCGGUUCGCUGGGUCAAAUGGCCUCCUAUGCCGUGGUCUACGCCCAGCUGUACGUCGAAGGGGUGCACCAUGGGCUCCACACGUUCGUGGUGCCCAUCAGGGACCCCAAGACUCUGCUACCGUAUCCCGGGAUCGUGGUGGGGGACAUGGGCGAGAAGAUCGGCCUCAACGGGAUCGACAAUGGUUUUCUGAUUUUUGAUAAUUACCGCAUUCCGCGUGAGAACCUCCUGAGUAAAAACGCCGACGUGACCCCUGAGGGCAAGUACGUGACAAGGUUUAAGAACCCGAAGGACCGUCACGGGGCUGCGUUAGGGGCCCUGUCCAUAGGCCGUGUUAGCAUAACUGGAAUUUGCGAAAGCUAUGCCACUAAGGCACUCACGAUUGCGAUAAGAUAUGCAGCUGUGAGAAAACAGUUUGGGCCAGAGGGUGGGGAGGAAGUUCCAAUUUUGGAGUAUCAGUCACAUCAACACCGACUUUUGCCAUACUUGGCUGCGAUUUACGUCUUGAGGGUGUUUAGCACAUUUAUUUCCGAAACGAAUUAUAGUUUCACCAUUGAGACAGUUUUGAAUCAAAAUAAGGAAUCUCUGGCCGACUUGGGCAUGGAAAUCCACGUGAUUUCCUCGGCCUGUAAGCCGGUGGCGAGUUGGUUGGCACGCGAUGCCAUCCAGGAGUGCAGGGAGGCUUGUGGUGGCCAUGGAUACUUAAAAGUGGCCGGAAUUGGGGAUAUUAGGAACGACAACGAUGCUAACUGCACGUACGAAGGCGAAAAUCACGUCUUGAUUCAACAAACCAGCAACUGGUUGAUCAAAUUAUGCUCCGAGAUUGAACGAGGGGCCAAAAUCGACACUCCGCUACAAUCGGCCAAUUUCCUGAGCAAUGCUUCGCAAAUACUCAAACACAAAUUUACUGCCAAUAGCCUAGACGAGGUUUAUCGGCCUGAAGCUAUCAUAGAUGCCUAUCAGUGGCUGGUUUGUUAUCUUUUGAAACAAACAAAGGACAAGUUGGACCAUCUGACGAAGAAAGAAGGCGAGUUUUGGGCCAAAAAUAACACUCAGGUGUACUACGCUAAAAGCCUGGCCAUUGUCUUCAUUCAGCACUUCUUCUUGCAACGAAUGUUGGUCGUUAUCAACCAAGCAACGGACGCUGACAACAAAAGAGUUCUCUCGAAAUUAUUCUCCUUGUACGGGCUGUGGACCCUGGAGAAAUAUUUGGCAACUUUGUACGAAGGGGGCUACACCCAGGGCCCCAAAGCCACUCAUUUGAUCCACGAAGGCAUCUUAACACUCUGCCACGACAUUAAAGACGACGCAGUGUCUCUAAUUGACGCUAUCGCGCCCCCCGAUUUCAUCCUGAAUUCGGUGUUGGGGGCCUCGGACGGCCGCGUUUACCAGAGGCUACAAUCGGCGAUCUUCCGCUCGCCCCACGCCAUGAGCAGGCCGAAGUGGUGGCGGGAGCUCGUCCAUUGGAACGCCGAUUUAAAGAAUAAAUUGUGAUAAGUUGGGUUGUUGGUUUUUAUGUUGGUUGGAACUUUAUAUAUUUUAUUUUUGUAACAAUAUAUGAAAGAAUAAAUACUUUGUGUUGAAUAA